AUGGAUCCUCGCCACAUUCCUUUUACAAUCGAGUCUUGCUUUGACUUCUUCUGGGUCAGCACAAGUGUUACUGUGAUACACAGUCAUCAUCACCAUCAUUGGACUCAUAUAUCAAGGCCCUUACCAAGCCGCAAGCCCUGCAGCGCUCGUGUUUCCUCGUCUGCUCCCGCUUUUAAGGAGGCUCCUUCUUCAUCAGCUAUUCCCUUCUCAAGUGCGACUCCUUCGUCCGUGUCGGUUAUUACCUCGCCACCAAAAGCCUCGUCCGCUCCUUAUGUGAGACCAUUCCCUAGCCAUUCGCUGGUUCCUCACCCGCAUUGGAGCCACAUCUCCAGACCUCUACCCCAUCGCAGCUCAUGCUCGCCUUCUUCCUCUGGAGCUAUCCCAACUUCUUCAAGUCUUGUUUCGAUCCCUGUUCCCAAGGCUUCCACUACCCAUGUUGGACUCAGCUCCUCUGGAGUGCCGCAAUCCAGUGGGUUGUCGGCCACUGAGCAGAGGUCCUCGCAGGCCAGUAUCUCUGAAGCUUCAUCUGCGCCUACAACAACAAUUGUCGUUCCUGUCUCCACAUUCACACCGUCCGUGUCUCAGUCGGGCUCCUCUCUGGGGGCUGUUACUGUAUCUGGAUCUUCUACAUUGCAAUUGACUACCUCGACGGUUCUCUCUACUCGCACAGCCACCAUCACCGCAUGCCCCUCUACAGUUGUCAACUGCCCUGCUAGUUCCAAGUCAACCUUCGUAACCACAGAGACAAUCGUUGUAUCCACCACGAUCUGCCCUGUCACUGAGGGUAGCAGUGCUACACAGACUGUGCCUUCCUCUCCAUCUGUUACUGGAAAUUCUGGUGACUCCUGCUCUGGCAACAAUGUCCCGGGCUUCACAACAUCUACAGUCUACAGCAUUCGGACAGCCACUAUCACUGCAUGCCCAUCGUUGGUCGCCCACUGCCCAUUGAGAUCGAAGACAACCUAUCUGACCACUGAGACGUUGGUCGUUUCCACUACUGUCUGCCCCGUGGCUGAUGCCACUGCUACUGCUGACACCGUAGCAACUCAGGCUAUGACCUCGCCAUCUGCUAUCCAGGUACCCGGGAGCAAUGGUAACGGUGGUUCCCAGCUCACUACUUCCACCAUCUAUGCCACGCGCACAGCUACCAUCCUUGCCUGCCCUGAAUCUGUGACCAACUGCCCCUUGAGAUCGCAGACCACCUCUGCAACUGUUCAGACUGUUGCUGUUGCAACCACUGUUUACCCUGUGUCUCCAGUGUACACAACUCUCCCUGUUGAAGGGGCUGAUGCUGUCGCUCCUACUGUGACUGUAGCAAAUGCCCAAGCUACCGAGACAGGAACCUCAGUCCAGGAUACCACUGCCGGAUCUGAAUAUGGCUAUACUGGCCCGACAAAAUCUGAACCUACAAGCUCUCGCUCUGGUGAAAGCUCAAACGCAGGCGCCACAUACACCACCACACUCGCUGUCGAAUCCUGUUCCGAUGAUGGUACCUGCACAGGGUAUGUCAACACCAUUGUGAUGACGCAGACUGGCAUUGCUCAACCCACCGGAACCCCCGGCCUCUACGUCCAACACUUCGGUGCCGGGGCUUCAAGUAACCGGACUGCCUCUGCAUCUUCGACUCAUGCGUGGGUCCAGAGCACAUAUCCCAGCGGAAUGACCACGGCCGCUGUCUUCACCUCGAGUAGCGCUGUGAAUGCCGUGUACACUGGUGCCGCCUCUGCCGCCACCCAAUUCCCAAUGAUUCAGGUCUUUGCUUCAUUGAUUGUGACAUUGGUGGCGAUGCUUGGCUAA